AUGGACGAGAAGCCCAAUGAAGAAGAACUUCCAAACGAAGGCGUGAACGAAAAGUCCAGCCAAGAUCAGCUUUUGAAACCCAGCCAAGAAUUCCCGGAAGGAGGAACACGGGCAUGGCUGGUGGUUUUCGGUUGCUGGCUAGCUCUUUUCGCAGCCUCGGGCAUUAUGAACAGUGUGGGUGUGUUUACUACCUACAUAGGGUCGCAUCAGCUGUCGAAUUAUGACAAAAGCACUGUUGGGUGGAUAUUUUCCGUCUACGUCUUUUUGAGUUUUGCUUGUGGCCUAUAUGUUGGACCUAUAUUCGACAAGUAUGGCCCCAGGUAUCUUAUCCUUGUGGGAUCCGCUUGUCAUGUUGCAAGUAUGAUGCUUUUAAGCAUUUGUACCACGUACUGGCACUUUAUGCUCGCAUUUGGCAUUUUGAACGGCGUUGGAUCCUCUCUCCUGUUCAAUUCGUCAAUUGUCUCGGUGGGCCAUUGGUUUCUUCGGCGCCGUGCUCUAGCUACUGCCAUCGCCACGAGCGGCGGCGUGUUCGGGGGCAUCGCGUUCCCUCUCAGCUUCAACCCGCUAAUCGCCUCGAUUGGAUGGCCGUGGACUAUCCGCUGUUUUGGGUUCAUCAGCCUUUUUUGCUGCGUCUCGUCCCUGCCACUGAUCGCAGGGCGCCUUGAACCUCGCAAGGAUGCAAAAUGGACCCCCGACCUUGGAAUCCUCAAAGACCCGGCUUUUGCUCUGACGACAGUGGGUGCCUUUUUGGCAUUCUUUGCAGGCUUCAUACCUCUAGCAUAUAUCCCCGCCUACAUGUUGAAGCAGGGACUCGGCGCCGACUUUAGCUUCCAAAUCUUGCCCGUCAUUAAUGCCGCCAGCGGGGUCGGGCGUGUCGCGGCCGGGUGGUGGGGGGAUCACAUUGGAGUUUUCAACUCCAAUCUAAUCACUAUUCUGGCCUGCAGCGUAUCUUCUUUUGCCAUUUGGCUGCCUGCUGGAUCGACAAAGGCGGGUAUUGUGUCGUUUGUUAUCAUAUUCGGAUUGGCAAGCGGUAAUACGACGAGCAUCACCCCCGUUUGCAUUGGGAAGUUAUGCGACACGCAGUUCUACGGGCGUUAUUACGCGACGGCAUACACCAUUGGCAGUCUCGGAAGCUUGAUCGGGAUCCCCGUUAGCGGAGCAGUUAUAGAAGCCACAGGGGGCGACUACUGGGGGGUUAUAGUGUUGGCCGGUAUCCUGUACGCUUUGUCUUUUUUUUUGGUAUGCCUUCCAUUGAGACUUGACACGAUUACCACGGAAUCCAUCUGA